UCCCCUCUUAUCUUCGGCUCACAGCUCCGUCCUGGUGCAGAACACCUCCAGGGUGUUUGCAGGACGGGCUGCAGCAGGGGGAACUUCCUUUGUUGAGUCAUGAAGCGGUGACGCAUGGGAACAGGCUGGAAGCUGAUUGACUGAUGACGAAGGAACAGAAAGCCAAGAAGGUCCUUUAAGUCUCCUGAAGAUCUUUAAGCAGAACAAGUCCAGCCAAUGAAAACGUCCUGCACGUUUGGAGACAAAAGGAGAACAUCGAGGAGUGAAGUUUUCAGCUCCGGCAUCCCUCGAAACAGACCAGAGAGGCCCGGCGGAUACUGAUGUCAGAAUGACCGGAGCGAUGGCAGUCACCAAAGAGGAGAAGCUCGAGGGAGGCAGAAGGGAGUCGGAGGUCACCACCGCGCCGGAAGGAGGCUGGGGUUGGAUGGUCGUUGCUGGAUGCUUCCUCGCCACCAUCUGCAUCCGGGCAGUGACCAGAUGUGUUUCCAUGUUCUUUGUGGAGUUCCAGCUGCACUUUGAGAAAGAUUACUCCACCACCGCCUGGAUCCACAGUUUGAUCGACUCCACCACCAUGCUCUGUGCUCCUCUGGGUGGUUUCCUUGGGAACUACCUCUCCUGCAGAGCUACAGUGAUGCUGGGAGGUCUGCUGUCUUCUGCUGGUCUGGUCCUCAGUUCCUUCGCUUCCAGCCUGGAACAUCUUUACAUCAGCCUGGGCAUCCUGACAGGUCUUGGCUUUGCUCUCAGCUACACACCAGCCAUAGCGAUGGUUGGGAAGUACUUCAUUGAGAGGAAAGCUCUGGCCUAUGGGAUCGCCCUGUCUGGUAGUGGCAUCGGGACCUUCAUCCUGGCUCCUGCUGUCCAAAUGCUUAUUGAGCAUUACUCCUGGAGAGGAGCUCUGCUCGUCCUGGGAGGAUUUGUUUCCAACCUGUGUGUCUGCGGUGCUCUGAUGAGACCGUUGAAACCAAGAAGAAGUGAAAGGAUAUGGGAGAACAAUAUGGCAACCCUGGAGAAAGACUGCAUGACAACAACACUGGAUUGCAAAGACACUGACCAAGUAUCUGCCGACUGCACACAGGUGGAGCCGAAGCAGCUGGAAAUAAGCCACCUCAAGGAAACUCAAGGGCUACUCAUCGCCAAUGGAGCGCUCAAAAACUUUGGACUUGAGAAUGACAAACUAAGUCAGGGGAACAUAGCGCUGCUAUCAAGCCCAAGCCUGCCUCAUUCAGAUGGGAAAAUAGCUAAAUGCAUUUUAUUCAGUAACAAGCUCACGAUGCUAGGGGAGAUCAAACUAUCAGAUGCUAAACAAGAAAACUGUAGCACAAUCGACGACAUGAAAUUAGUAAAAAGCAUGAACGUGAACAACAAGGCAGCUGAUAUGGAAGCUAAAGUAAAAGAUUCAGGAAUCCCCGAAGCCAAAAUAACAGAUCCGUAUCACUUAGAUAAAACCGCGAGCACUCCUCCAGAGCCUUUAGUGAGCACAGAAACAGAAACUUUGUCCAGAGGUCAGUGUUCUUGUCUCAAGUCCAAGAAGGAGUUUGGAUUUCUCAUGUUACCUGAAUUCCUGACUCUGUCCGUGUCCCUCCUGUUUAUGGCAUAUGGCUGCAGCGCUCCAGUAGUUUACCUGGUUCCUUACGCCCUAAGUGUAGGUGUAGGGUACAAGGAGGCUGCCUUCCUCAUGUCCAUAUUUGGAAUUAGUGGCAUUGUCGGUAACAUCACCUUUGGAUGGAUCACGGACAGGAAGUGUCUGAAGAGGUAUCGCAUGCUGUGCUACCUGGCGGCCAUAGCAAUGGAGGGUCUCUGCUGUAUGUUCAUCCCCGUUCUUCACUCCUUCUCCCUCCUGCUCUCGUUUUCCAUACUCUACGGAUACUUUGACGGUGCAUACGUGGCACUCAUUCCAGUGGUGACCUCUGAUGUCGUGGGUCCAACCCACCUGACCUCCGCUCUGGGUGUGGUCUACUUCCUACAUGCCAUCCCUUACCUGAUCAGCCCACCGAUAGGAGGUUGGUUAGUCGACAUGACCGGAAACUACGAAGCAACAUUCUUCCUCAGCGGGGCGUCCUUCAUGUUCAGCUCUGUGGUGCUAGCAGCUUCCAUGUUAGUCAGAUGCUGUCGGAGAUCCAAGUCUAACUCGGCUGCACAUUUAAGUUCCAGUCACAUCACUGAUGCUGCAGCUCAGCAGGGCAUCAUAUGACAAUGUCAGUCAUCUGUCACCUCAGCACUGCUGGUAGGUUUACAAAGAGUAUAGUAAAGGUGCUAUUUUGAUGUGGUUCAUAUCCUGCUGAUGUAUUUUUGACAUAAGACCCCAAGAUCAGCCUCAACAAGAGUCGAACCCAGAAGAACCUUUUUUUUUUUUUUUUUUUUUUUUAGAAACAAUGUUGUCAUAAUUAAUUGUAAAUAAUUGCUCUGUGUAGCACAAUUAAAACCAAAUAAUGAUUUUGUACUUUCUACUCAAGCACGCACAUUGUAUUUACCUUUUAAAAAAUAGCAACAAUUUUUUUUUCUCGUCUUUUUUUCAGCGCUGCUUAUAUAAUUUCUGUUCCCCAUUGUAUUUGUGUCAAACCUGAAGAAGCAGAAAAAUGUGAUUUAUUUGCCCCUAUCAACAUUCAUGCAUUCUGCACACUUCCAAUCACUUUUACAUUGUGCCUAUUAAGCUUAUUGUAUUCAGUGGUGAUGCCGGGCACUACCUAUAGCUGUAGUUGUAACAGUAUGAAACUCGUCUUUUAGUCUGCACCACUGGAGCUGGUCUCUAAAUAAUCAGUAAUAUAAUAAUCAAUAUUGUGAUGCUUAGAAUGACUUAUAUCUGUGAUAUGUCUUAUAUCUCUUUGCAUUAAUAUUGUUAUCUACUGAUUUUAUAUAUAUUCAGAUAUUUCAAGCCAAGACAGCGUACCUAUGUCAGGACAGCAAAAAAACGAAACCCAUCAUAGAGUUUUAUACUGUAUGUGUGAGUGAAAAGUCUAGUAGAAAAUACCACAAAAAAGAGUUUACAGGUCAGCGGCAGUUGUCUGCAGUUCCCGCCUCACCUGUGGUGCUGGACAGAAUUUAAAAAGUCUGUAUUGAUGCUCAUAUUUAGCCAUUUCUGCUUAACCUGUAAUGCAAUUUGAUGUGUUUUGUACUAGAUCAGAAUAUUUUUGGAUAAAAAAAAAAAAAGGUUCCAGUGACUUAUGUGUUAUGUGCCUUUGAUCACAACAUCACAAAACAUCACAAUGAAGUGCAUGACACUUGACAGGACAAUAAAUGUGACAGCUGUA